AUGGGGGCAAGCUACAUUGACGCAAGAAGACGUGAGUUUCUGAAUCUCACGCAAGGGGAUCGUUCAGUGGCCGAGUAUGAGGCCAAGUUUCUGAGUUUAAGCCGCUAUACGCAAGGCAUGGUGGCAACUGAAUAUGACCAUUGUGUCCACUUCGAGGAUGGAGUCAGGGAUAGCUUAAGAGUGCUGAUAGCUCUGCAGAUGGAGCAUGACUUUUUAGCACUGGUAGAGAAGGCGAAGAUCGCUGAGGAGGUGAAGCGCGCUGAGCGCCAAACCCAGGAUAAGGAGAGAGGCAAGAAUAAGAGGGAUUUAGAGCCUCAAUCACCGACAGAAGUUCAGCAGCCACCGAGGGGCCGUGGUCAGGCUAGGGGUGGUAAUGGCAUGGGUCGUGGGCAGAGAGCACUGGGCAAAGGAUCUACGUAUUCCUAUGUUGCCUGUUCUGUUUCCAAAAACCUAGAAAUUCCGGUUGAGAGUACUUCCAGUGAGGUUCAAGGGACGAUAUUUCUGGCUGAUUUGAUGGAGCUUUCGUUUGGGGAGCUCGAUAUGAUAUUGGGGAUGGACUGGUUGGUCAAGCAUCGUGUCAGUUUGGACUGUGCGGCUAAGAGGGUUGUAUUGAGAACUGAAGGGGGUAAUGAAGUAGUUAUGAUUGGGGAACGUCAGAAUUACUUAGCUAACAUAAUCUCUGCACUGGUAGCUGAGAAACUGGGUCGCAAAGGAUGUGAGGCCUAUUUGGCCUACAUAAGUGUUUCUGCUUCUAGGGACUCUACUUUUAAGGACAUUAGAACUGUGAGGGAUUUUUCAGACAUCUUUCCUGAGGAGCUAUUGGGUUUACCUCUGAAUCGAGAAGUGGAGUUUGGGAUUGAGCUUUUCCCUGGUACAGCUCCGAUGUCUAUCGCUCCCUAUCGAAUGGCACCGAAGGAGCUUACGGAGCUCAAGGUUUUAGUGGUGUUCAUUGAUGAUAUAUUGGUUUAUUCGUGGAUUGAGGAUGAGCAUGACAAGCACCUUAGGAUUGUUCUUCAGAUUUUGAGGGAAAAGCAGCUCUAUGCUAAGUUCAGCAAGUGCGAGUUCUGGUUACAUGAAGUAACAUUUCUGGGUUAUUAUCGACGGUUUGUGGAAAGAUUUUCACUGAUUGCAGCACCCUUGAAUAAGCUGUUACGUAAAGGUGUACCAUUUGACUGGGCUAAUACGCAGCAAGAGAGCUUUGAGAAGCUUAAGACUGUACUAACUGAGGCUCUUGUUUUGGUUGAGAAUGGUGGCACUACUGAUUUUACGGUAAACAGUGAUGGGGUACUUUGUUUCCGCAGUCGGAUUUGUGUAUCGAAUGAUGAGGAUUUAAGGCAGUCGAUUCUGAGAGAGGCGCAUGGUAGUCCCUAUACUAUACAUCCCGACGGGAACAAGAUGUACCGAGAUCCUCGAGAAUUGUACUGGUGGCCAGGGUUGAAGCGUGAGGUUACUGACUUCGUUGCUCGCUGUUUGACUUGUCAGCAGGUUAAGGCGAGCAUCAGUUACCUUUGGGUUUACUGCAGUCGGUUAAGAUAUCGUUAUGAAAAUAAGAGCGAGGUCUCGCCAUGGAAAAAGGUUCUGAGGUUUGGUCGCAAGGGCAAGCUGAGCCCUCGGUUUAUUGAACCUUACCACAGUCUAAAACGUGUGGGACUUGUCGCUUAUCAGUUGGAGUUACCUCUGGUGUUAGACCGCAUUCAUGAUGUUUCUCACAUCUCGAUGUUGAGGCGCUACCGCUCUAAUGCCACGCAUGUUGUUUCUAUUGAAAAGAUUGAGGUUUGGCCAGACUUGACCUUCGAGAAGGAGCCAAUUCACAUUCUGGACCGUGAUGUAAAGGUCCUUCAGAAAAAGUCUAUUCCCUUGGUGAAGGUUCUGUGGUGUAAUCAUAGCACUAAGGAGGCCACGUGGGAGCCUAAGGAUGCGAUGCGUCAGCAAUAUCCUCAUCUGUUCUGA